AUGUUGUCAAUAUUAUUGGCAUUUAUUGUUAUUGCAUUAGUUACAUAUUUAUCUCUGAAACCAUUAAUUAAUAAUUUAUUCUAUUCUGUUCCUCAUGAGCCAGAAUAUAUUCAUUCAUAUAUACCUUAUAUUGGUUUUGGAUUCGAAAUGUUCAAAGAUCCGAUUGGAUUUAUAGGUUCAUUACAUGCGAAAUAUGGAAAAGCAUUUGUUAUCUAUUUAACAUCAAAGCGUUGGGUUUAUUUAUCUGAUGAACAAACAUAUUUAAAGGCAUUAAAAUCAUCUGAUUUAUCCAUUGAUAAGUUUUUCAUGGAUUUUUUAGCUAAUGCUCUCGAUGUUAGCCGUCAAAGUGUUACAGAUGAAGGUCUACAUCACAUACAAAUGAAACAAUUCCAUCGAUAUUUAGCUGGAGAUGACUUAAACAUUUUAAAUAAACGUGUAUAUGAUUCACUGAUAGAAUCAAUGAAACUUGACGCAAAAAUAAUUCAGGAUGAUCAAAUAAAGACCGCCAAUUUAUUUGAUCUUUUUGGUGAAUUAUUGCUAUAUGCUGGAGCUGAAGGUUUAUAUGGACAUUCAUUUGUAACUGAACAGCGUAAUACUUCACCUAAUUUCUUUAAAUUAUUUCAAGAGUUUGAACAAGCAUUUAAAUUAAGCGUUUUUCGUAUACCAUUUCGCUCCAUUCUAUAUAAAUCAACUUUUCAAAAUCGUCUUGAAUUUGUAAAAAGAUUUUCAUCAUUACAAUUAAAUAAUGGUGAAUCAAAAUUAAUCAACUCAACAGAAAAAUUAUAUCGUAGUGAUAAAUAUAAACAUUUAUUUACCCAAUAUGAUAUUGGAGCUCUCCAAGCAACUGCGUUAUUUGCAGGUGUAGCUAAUACAGCACCAUUGAGUUGUUGGGCAGUAGUUGAUUUAUUACUUCAUCCAGAAGCAUUAGAAGCUGUUAAACAAGAAUUGAAAGAAAAGAUUCCAUCAUCAUCAUCAGAAUUAAUCUAUGAAAAAGAAACAUUAGCUAAUUUAAAAAUAUUAGAAAGUUGUAUACAUGAAUCUAUACGUCGUGUAUUUAAUAUAAUUUCAGUACGUGAAGCAAUAAGAAAUACAACUAUUGAAUGUUUCGAUAAAACAAAAAUUGGUUUAAGAAAAGGUGAUGUACUUAUUUAUUCAGGAUUUAUAAAACAUUUUGAUCCAAAUUUGUUUGGUCCAAACCCAUAUGAAUAUGAAUAUGAUCGAUUUGUCAAAAAAAUCAAUCAACCAACAGUGCCUUCAAUUAUGCUCUUUGGUUGUGGCACUCAUAUGUGUCCUGGACGAUUUUGGGCAAUAAAUGAAAUUAAAAUAUUAGUAGCUUUAAUUAUUCAACAUAUGGAUAUUCAAUUUAUUAAUAUGACAGAAAAAGAUAAAGAUGAAUGUCGAAAAAAAUUACCAUAUGAUUAUUCAAAAUUUGUUGCUAGUGGUGGACCAAAGAAAGGUUAUAAACAUAAAUUUGAUAUUAAAUAUUCGUAUAAAAAUUUCGAUAUGGAAUAA